AUGGCGAGCAUCGACGACAUCUUCAAGAAUGUCGGCGUGCCCAGCAAACGCAAGUUAGAAGCCAUCAAAGAUCCAAACGAGAUAUACAAGUCCAGCAAGCUCAGCACAAACGGCUCCAGCAGCCGCCGAGCCCACGUCACCGACGCAGGCGAUGCCGACAGCAACGGCGGCGCUGACCAAGACGACGAAGCCGGCCUCGCGCCGCCCCCACAACAAGAUGGCGAUGACGCACCCGACGAGGGCGAGGACGACGAGGGCCGCUUCUUUGGCGGAGGUAUUACCGCGAAAGAGUCUGAGGUCCUCGACUACGUAGAGGGCGCCGGCGAGGCAAACGAGGACCCCGCAAAGAUCGACGUCGGCUGGAUGCGCAAGACGGCCCAGAACUUCGAGAAGCGCAUCACCAAAAACGCAGAGCUGCGCGCCAAGCACGAGAGCGAGCCGCAAAAGUUCAUCAGCAGCGAGGCCGACCUCGACGCCGACGUCAAGGCACUGUCAAUACUGUCGGAACACCCCGAGCUGUACCCAGAGUUUGUCAAGCUUGGCUGCGCCGGCAACCUGGUCGGCCUCCUCGCGCACGAAAACACAGACAUUGCCAUUGGCGCCAUCGAAAUCAUUGGCGAGCUGACGGACGAGGACGUGGCCGCCGCCGACGACCAGUGGAACAUGCUCAUCGACGCCCUCAUGGACGUCGACCUCGUCGGCCUCCUCGUUUCCAACUUUGCCCGCCUCAACGAGGACGAUGAGACGGACCGCAACGGCGUUUACUACGCGCUGGGGAUAGUAGAAAACCUCUGCUCCCGGCCCGCCACGGCAGCCCGCGUCGGCCAAGAGGACGGCCUGCUCAAGUGGCUGCUGCAGCGCAUGCGGCGCAAGGAACCCUCCGUGUCGCAGAACAAGCAGUACGCCGCCGAGGUGCUCGCCAUCCUGUGCCAGUCGACGCCCGAGACGCGGCGGCGCAUCGUGGGCCACGACGCCGUCGACGGCAUGCUGCAGCUGAUUGCGCCCUACCGGAAGCUCGACCCGGACAAGAGCGGCGAGGAGGAGGAGUACAUGGAGAACGUGUUCGAGGCGCUCACGUGCCUGGUGGACGAGGCGGCGGGCAAGGCCAAGUUUGUCGAGGCUGAGGGCGUCGAGCUGUGCCUCAUCAUGUUCAAGGAGGGCAAGAAGAGCAAGGCGCCCGCGCUGCGGCUCGUGGACCACGCCACGACGGGUAGCAGCAGCGGCGGCGCCGACGUCUGCGUCAGGCUCGUCGCGGCGGGCGGGCUCAAGGCGCUCUUCACCCUCUUCGCCAAGACGCAGGACCACCGGCUGCUGACACACCUCGUCGGCAUCAUGGCCUCGAUGCUGCGGCUGCUGCCGGCCGACUCCCCUGAGCGGAUCCGCACGCUGGCCAAGUUUGUGGAGAGGGACUACGGCAAGACGGCCAAGCUGGUGCAGCUCCGCCGCGACUGCGCCGCGCGCGUCGGGCGCGCCGAGGACGAAUACCGCGCCGCGGGCGGGGCCGCGGGGGGCGCCGAGGACCCGGACGAGGCAGAGAUGGAGCUGCUGGCGCGGCGGCUCGACGCGGGGCUAUUUACGCUGCAGCAGCUGGACGUGUCGCUGGCGUGGCUGGUGGCCGAGGACGGCGGGGCGCGCAGGCGCAUCAAGCAGCUGCUGGCGGAGCGGGACGAGGACCUGGGCACCGUCGCCGCCACCAUCAAGGAGCAGCUGGGGGCGCUGGAUACCACCGACGAGGAGAACCGGGAUGUAAGCGACAUGUUGGGUACACUAUUGGAGUUCCUGCGAUAG